AUGCAGUGUCCUCAAAAGCCUAUGUUUGCCAACUGGCUUAUAGAGCAAGUAGAGGCGGGCCAGUAUGAAGGUCUGUGCUACGUCGCACAAAACAAGAUCCGAAUUCCCUGGAAGCACAUCUCCAAAAAGGACUGCAGUGUGGUCGACACCAAAAUAUUUCAUGCAUGGGCAGUUGUUAGUGGUAAGAUCAGUGAUUUCCCAAAGGAUAAGGCCAGGUGGAAAACAAACUUUCGCUGUAACCUGAACCACCACCCACGCUUCAAACUGGUUGAAGAUAACUCUAAGACUACAGACCCUCAUAAAAUCUAUGAGAUUAUCAACACUAAAAGCAAUGAUGAAUUUACACAGAAUAUACAAGCACCAACUGAGGAUUCUGACAUGAUUGUAGACCUCUACAGGGCUCCCACAGAGAAACAAUAUGCAAAUGACUUUAUGGUUUUAGAGCCUGGCAUCCAACCAUCAGUAAAUCCAUAUCUGCCUCAAUAUCGGAGUAUUGACUUAGAAGUCUCCAUCCACUACAGGAAUCGACUUAUGCUAAAGACUAUAGUGAACACAGCUCGUCUCCAACUCCACUACCCCCAACAGGCCACUGAGAACAACUUCUAUUCACUCUGCUUUCCCACUACUGAAGGCCUGCUGGACCACAAACAGAUUGAAUACACCAAUCGUAUCCUAAACAGUAUCCAGAGAGGUCUACUUCUAGAAGUGCACGAGUCUGGCAUUUAUGGCAUCAGGCAGGACACUUGCCGUGUGUUUGCCAGCACUGACAUACCCAGCAUGGCUCCAGCAAGAAAAUUACCCAAAAAUACCAUUGUGGAGCUUUUCAAUGUUCAGAAGUUUAUUCAAGAACUAAAGCAGUUUAAAGAGAACAGUGGUGGCACUCCCAACUAUAAAAUCACUAUGUGUUUUGGAGAAAUGUUCCCAGAUGGAAAACCACUGGAAAAGAAGCUUAUUGUAGUCCAGGUGGUCCCACUGAUCUUCCAAAGCUUUCAUGAGAAGGCCCAGAGUGAAGGAGCAUCUUCGCUGAACAGUGCUAACGUCAGUCUGCAGUUGUCAAACAGCUUUUAUGAUUUCAUUGCAUCUCAAUUAAGCCCACCAACAACUGAGUUUAAUGAACAGUCCAAUUGA